AUGAGCGAGUUUGGCAUCAAAAAUGCCGCACACUUGCAAAAAGUACUGCAAGAAUGGAGACCGGACUUGCAGCUGCUGCAGCAAUACGGCGCUGCUUCGGUGACCGACUUGGUACGAGCAAGUGGCAGGCAGAACACAUCAAGCAGUGGAAGCCAACGCAGUGGCAACACACCUGCUAGCUCGGCUGGUGCACGCGUGUCAUCUGCCGUACGUCUGUCCUUGCGAAAAUGUUGGUAA